UAGUUAGUAGCUAGUAGUAGUUGCAGUGGCACGCACCCACAAACAAAAAAAGUGAAAAACAAAUCACUAACCUCUCUUCCCAAACAUAGUAUAGGUGUGUGUACGCGGUUUAUAGGUAGAUGUCUUGUUUCAGGUGAUAUUCUCUGAUCCUCAAACACUUUUUGAGGUCUCAAAACUCAUAAACAUUUUACCCUUUCCUAUAUACACAACAUUUUUUAUCUUCCAUCCUCUUUCUCCCCAAAUUGCCACACUCUUUUACACCACCGACACCCACCUUCUCUGCAUUUUUUAUCUGUUGUGCAGAAGAGAAAGAAGCUGUAGUACUAGUAUGUAUUGGAUUGCAAGGUGGUUGAUUGGUUAAGAAAAUUGAUGGAUAGUUUUCAGAUCUGAAAUAAAACUCAGGAAACCAUCUAUCACCAUGAGUAGAAAGGUUUAUGACGAGAUAAUGUCGGGGAAGGGGAAGUCUUCUUUGCCAUAUGCUGAUCAUCAUCAUGAAAUUCACAAAAGUGGGGAUGGCAGUGCUUUAAAAUCUGACCGAAAUCGCCACAAGCACGGGAGUGAAGGAAGGGAUUAUGAAGACGAGUUGGUUAAGUACAUGUCUAAUUUGCCAGGUUAUUUACAAAGGGGGAGAGAAAAUCGCGAGAAAGUUUUAAACGUCGGUGUUCUUGAUUGGACUCGUCUAGAACAAUGGCAGUACAGUCAUAAACAUGUAUCAAAUAGAAAUAGCAGAAGUUCAACCUCUAGUAGUAAUGCUUCCUCUUCUGUUUCGGCUGAUGAGUUAUCCGGUCAUUCUACUAAAGAUCAAAGGACAUUCCAUCGGUCACUGAAAUCACACUUUGCAGCGUCUCCAAUUCAAGACAACUCUCAAGCUGUCAAAUCCUCCAGAAGAAGUAUUGGACAUUGUCCGGAUUUUAGAGGUAGUGUCAGUACUAUUAACACACAGAGCAGACAUGUUAGAGCAGAUGAUCAUCUUUCACAGAACCAUCCUAACAGCAAACUGAAAGGAUGUGACAGGAAGUAUUUGGAUCGAUACAUUGGCACCAUUCCAAAUGAGCAAAGGCACAAGGCAGUAUCAUGUGCUAAGGUGGAAAUGCGCACUAGAGACAGUGGAAUGGAAAAAAGAGUAGAGAGUUUGAAUGAACCAAACAUUGAUAAUGCCGUGCAAUGUAUGCUCAGGAAAAACAAGCCAGUUGUUCAUCGUUUGCCGAGAGACAGCCCUCAGAGUAGUCAUUAUCAAUUUCCUCAUACACGAACAUUCUUAGCGCAGAAGUCAGAAAAUUAUAGUCGAUUGAGCUUUUCAGAAAAGCCUAAGGAUUUCUGUCAAAAGGAAAUAAAUUGUGAUAUUUCACAUUCCGGUACCCUUCCAGAUGAACUUGGCUGUAAUAAUUUUCAGCAUAAAGGGUCUCGCUGCAGUUUCACAGAUAUGGAAAGUAUCAAACUUCCUGCUUCUACUUUUUCAUCGAUGGAAUCUACUUCCUCAUCACCAUUAUCGGUGAGAGUGGAAAUCAGCCCUUCCAAGUCUAGAAAAGUUGAGGAAAGGAAGCAAACCAUGGCCAAAACUUCAUCUGAAAAUGAACCUAUCCAUAAAUUAGACCAAAAUGUAACAUCAGAAAAGUCAAGAAGCUCUUCACCUUUUCGUCGAUUAAGCAUCAGCGUUGGCUAUACAAGUAGAGGCUCUGCUUGUAAAGAAGGCGAGGAUGUGCCGCAUCAGAGGUCUACAGCAGCUGUUAAAUCUAAUUCAGAAAGUGUGAGAGGCUAUGCUAGCCCAAACAUUUCAGGGAAUGGUAUACCCGGUGAUGCUGGCAGAAGCAGGUCAAGCCCUUUAAGGAGGUUAUUGGAUCCAUUGCUGAAACCGAAGACAGCUAGGUUCAGUCACUCCUUGGAGUCAUCUCAGAAGGACUCAUUGUUAAUAAAUAAGAAUUGUAGGUCAGCUAAUGGGAGAUUUUCAACUCUUCAUCCAGACAAACAAGUGGAAAGGGACCACAGGGCUACUCUUAACCCAAUUAAGACCAUUGAUUCUUCAAAGGACGAGAAGCACAUUCCAUCGACGACUCAAGCUCUUCUAAGAAUUGCUGUUAAGAAUGGCCUGCCUGUCUUCACAUUUGCUGUCGACCAAACGGAUGGCAACAUUCUUGCAGCCAAAGUUAAGAACUUAGGUGGCUCAGGAAAAGAUGAAUGCAACCGUAUCUAUACCUUUUUUGCCUUUACCGAGGUUAAGAAGAAGAAUGGAAGUUGGAUGAGUAAAGCAGGCAAAAGCAAAGGACCUGAUUACGUUCCCCAUGCUGUUGCUCAAAUGAAGGCUUCUGAUUCGCUCUACUAUGAUUUAACCAACCAGAAUUGUGUAGACUCAUCUACCAUGAAAGAGUUUGUUUUGUUUUCUGUAAAGCUCAGGCAAGACGAUGCUCAGGACACCGACUAUCAGCCAAAUGACGAGCUUGCUGCUAUUUCUGUCAAAAUACCUAAGGCUAUCAGUUUCAUUAAUAAGCAACAUCAUAGCAGUUUCGAUAAUGAUAGUCAUGAAGUUGUUUGUGCAACGGUUGUGCUCCCGGGUGGGGUUCAUAGUCUUCCAAGUAAAGGUGGACCUUCGUCGCUGCUCGAGCGCUGGAAAUCAGGUGGAUCAUGUGACUGUGGUGGUUGGGAUUUAGCUUGCAAACUUAAAAUUCUUGCUAGUGAAAAUCAAGCCUGUAGAAAACCAAUGUCAUCCAAAGCUUAUUUUGCAGAUUAUCAAUUUGAUCUUUUUGUUCAGGGGAAUGAACAAGAUCCUCGACCAGCAUUCAGCUUAACCGCCUUUGAGAAUGGAAUGUGUUCCGUAGCCUUUGAUUCGUCGCUCUCACUUUUGCAAGCAUUCGCAAUUUGUAUUGCAUUAGUGGAUAGCAAGAUGCCUUGUGAGCUUUCUGGAUCAAAAAACGCCAGUGAAGGAAAAAAUCCAAAGGAAACAGUAUUAUUGCAAACUGAGAAACUAAAGGCUUUUGGUAAAUUGGAAGAUAUUCCUGCAAGUUAUGUUUCUUAUCCACCACUUUCUCCUGUUGGUAGGUUCUAAAAUUAACAUGUGUAAACGGCAUGAAUCGAUUGCUCGUAGGGAUUUGUCACUGUUACUCAUCCCUACUGUACUACAUAUAUAGUUAAAUUCCUUGCAAGUUCAUGAAAAUCAUCGCAACAAGCUAGAGUAUAAGAUUGUAGCAGCCUAGCAGGAUCUUAGUACUUUUUAAGUUUAUUUUUUCUCAACAGAAGCAAGUAUUCAUAUUAAAAAUGCACAAUGUGAUAAACAAGCACUCUCAUGUAUCAAUCAAUUGAAGUGUGAAUAUAGUAUGAGUAAACUGUAUUCUAUAGCUGUAAAAAAAUAUCUCAGUAUCUAGGGUGGCAUUUUCGUCAACAUGUGAAAUUGCAAACUCAAAUUAUUAAUGGUGAAUUAAUUAUUGGCUAAUGUUUUUGGAUUAGUCAACAAACUAA